CACGCGUUUCCUUGCGUGCGCAGCACAUCAAUUUGGUUGCUGCUUAAAUCAUGUGUACUCGCAGUUUGAUCCAGAAUCAAUCGUAAGAGCAGUGCUAGGGGCACUCGCUUUCUGCACUUCCGGCCAACACUUCCCCUUUCAUUGGGCCACGUAACCUUCUUUAAAGCUCUCAGCGCAACCUCUCGGAAACCAAAACAACGUGGCCCAAUAAAAGAGAAAGUGUUGGCUGGAGAGUGCAGGAGGCGAGUGCCCCUAGCAUUGCUCUCAAUCGUAAACACAACCACUAAUAAAGUCACAAGUUCUCAGCGAAGCCACCAACACCACCACUUCUAUCCUUGAGACCGCUACCUCCGCCAUCCAAGGCUUCGGUUCCGUCAACAAAAUCCACCAACAUCUCUGCGCGUAUUAACUAACCCACCAAUUAUUUAUUUAUUUCCCCAUUUUGUAAUUUAAUCCUUUUGGUAAUUAAAAGGAAUAUUCAUCUGGAAUUGCAUAUGUAUGUAGAUUCCAUUUCUACAGUAACGACAUGACCCGUCAAGUAGAGGCACACCACUUCUGUGCCCAUCAGAACAAAGAGAUGCAGCAGUGCUUGAUCUACGACAGCCCCAAAAAGGACGCCCGUCUCAUAGGGGUGGAGUACCUGAUCUCGGAGAACCUGUUCCUGACGCUACCAGACGAGGAGAAGCCACUGUGGCACUUCCACGAGUACGAGGUUAAGAGCGAGGUGGACAAGGGCGAUGAUUUGCCUCUGGGCCUGCCUCAGCUCAUGAUGGCCGUCACCAGAGACGGUCAGCUCUACGAUGAACUCGCCAAGAAUGCGGAGAAGCAGUUGAGGAUAUCUUUGGCUGAGGAGAGAGAGGAGCGAGAAUACAUGAAGGGGCCGACGCAUGGGAUUCAUCUGUUGGCUAGCGGUGGUGGGAAGGGGCUUAAAACGGAGCUGAGGGAGACGGAGUGCAAGCCUGCUGAUUCUGCUCCUAGAGUCUUUGUUUAGAAAGUGAAUCUCGAUGGAGUACUACAAUAGUUCUCAUCAAGUUCAAGGGCAUUGCUUUUUAACAAGAAACAGUGUUGUAGUUGUAGAGCUAUUUCUCUAAUAUUAUAUCUACCGUUAGCUAUAUGAUUUAGUGGUAGUUAUUUGGACUCUUAGUUACAUAAAUAGUUAUAUAAAUAAAAUAUUUAAUUUAAA